CGUGUAGCACGUGUGCGUGUGCGUGGAGAGCAGACACGGUCGCUUGCCGUUUCGCCACCCGGGUUCGCAAACGGAUCGUUCCGUGAUCGGUCGAGUGCAAAGUGCAUACGUUUGGUGGAGUUUGUGUACAAAAAAAAAAAAGAGGUAGAAACAAACCGUAUAAAUAUAAAACUAAACGCACCGAAUAAUAAUACGAUUCGUUGUCGGUUGUGUGCGUUGUGCCAUUUUUUUGUUGUUGUUGCGCGCGAGUGUACGUUAAUCCAGCGCGUUCCCGAUUUCACGCUUGAUCAAGCGAUCAGGGUAUUAAGUUCGUCCUCGUCAUCGUCAUCGUCUUCGAGUGAAUGAAGAAAUAGGUACACGGUUGGCGGCAGCAGCAGCAGCAGCAACGACAGAAAACGCCAGCGUCUUAGUGACUAGUUCGCACGAGCGGAGUUAUUGAAUGAAGCGAAUAAAAUUCCACGCCUGCUCGGAUGCUGCUGCCGUGAGAAGCGGUGCUCGAUUGGAAUGCAGCUGCCCGUUGUGAUCUGUGCCGUCAGUGUGCGCCGGUGCUGUGUGUGUGUGUCUAUGUGCUUUGACGCCAAUAGUGAUCUCGACCAACUCCAAGUGUAAUUAAAUAUUUCCAUUGAUUUUGCGUUUGCUGAUUGCGUUGCGAAAAGGAAAAAGGAGUUUGUUUUCUGCCGCCGUUGCUACUUUUUGGUUCAAGUUAGGAAGCGAAAACCCCCCGUUGUUUGCGUGUGCUGUGUGGAUGCACCGGUCCGGGUGCAUCGAUGCAGUGUCGAUCGGAACCGCUCGAUGAGUUUGGUGACGUGCGGAUUGCGAUCAGCGAGUCUGCUUCCGGGAACGCCCACCACGGAGCGGCCACGGUGCCGAAGGAAGCAGACCGCCGGCACCGGAAUGUUGGAGACGGGCACGGCAUCCAGCGGCGGCGACGCAGGGACGCAGCCGGGCGGCAGCUGUCGAAACAGCGGCGGCACGGGCGUGCUGCAACCGUCCCAGAACAACGGUGGCAGCCACGCGGACGAUAAUGCCAUCCCGGCCGAUCUGCGCUGGAUGGAGCGGAUGGUGAUGGAGGCCGAACAGCAGUACCCGGGCGAGCUGGUUCGCACCGACAGCCCGUACUUCCUGUGUUCCGCCCUGCCGAACCACUGGCGCUCGAACAAAACGCUCCCGAGCGCCUUCAAGGUGAUCUCGCUCGGGGACGUCAGCGACGGCACGAUGGUCACUAUCCGGGCCGGCAACGACGAGAACUUCUGUGCCGAGCUGCGCAACUGCACCGCCGUGAUGCGCAAUCAGGUGGCCAAAUUCAACGAUCUCCGGUUUGUGGGCCGCAGCGGACGAGGGAAAAGUUUUACGCUUACUAUCACGAUCUGUACGACGAUGCCACAGGUCACCACGUACUGCAAGGCGAUCAAGGUGACGGUGGACGGUCCCCGGGAGCCGCGAUCGAAAACGAAUAUGCCGCAGAUGCGUCCACCGCCGCUGCAUCGGUUUUUGGAGCAGCCCGCGUUCAACCAUCAUCACUACCCGGGGCGACCGGGCUCGUUCGGUGGCACUGGCGGGAGCAACACCGGCAGCAACAGCAACAACAACAACAACAACAACAACAACAGCAACAACAACACCGGACUUGGCAGUAACGGUCUCGGCACAGGGUCGACCGGCAGCUUGGGCGGUGGUACCGCUGGCACCGGACACGGGAACGGAAACGGCAAAUCCUCGUCUGUCAACUACAGUGCCGUCAGCAGUACCGGUAGCACCACGAAUCUUCAUACCCAUCACCCACAUCACCAUCAUCAUCAUCAUCAUGGCAGCGGUGGUGGUGGUGGUGGAGGAGGAGGCAAUAUGGCCAUCAAUACCAGUGCCGAAUCGAGCAGUGAUUACAAACCUAAUCUCGCGUUUUCAGACUACACCAGCGCCACCGACUGGACGAAUGGGCUGGUCGGUGCACCGUCCAGCACGUCCUACAUGAACACCUUCUCGCCGCUGCAGGCCAGCCCACCGUCGUACGUGGCGUACGACUCCUGCCCGAUGGUCGAUCAUCCCAAUUACAGUCUGACGGCGUCCGGAGUCGUUUUAGAUAACCUUCAACCGUACCAAGACUAUUACGGACUUUCUGGACCACCACCACCCCCCGCACCGACUGUUGCCGCGGUGGCACCACCAACGGGGACCAGCACGGUGCAAACGGGCCCGCUCGGUGGACAGCUUGCCACCGGUGGCAGCUCGUACGUCUCCAAGACAGGGGAACUGGUGGAAGCGGCCGCCGCCGCCACCACCUACCCGUCCUAUCCCCAUCACACCCAGUGGACCAACGGGUAUCAUGGUAGCUAUCAUCAUCAUCACCAUCAUCAGUACAAUCACCCGGCUGCCGCUGCGGCCGCUGCCGCCAGUGCUGGCGGGUGUGCCUCAUCGCUAGCCGUGGCCGCCCAGUCGCCGGUCAGCUUUCACCCACCGGUGGCUACGGUGGCGGCACCGGCCCCAUCGUCUGUCCCUGCGCCACCCCCACCCCCACCGAUGGUGCUCUGUCCGCAGAUGUUCAGCACCGUCAAUCAGAACCAAAUCCACGUCCAUCUGCACGGUACGGGCAGCGACAAGUUCGAACACUACUUCGGAGCGGCCGACAACGGCUUUACGAUUAAUUCGUUUCCCGGGCCAAGCAUUCGAUCAGUGGCGUCCGGCCCGAUCGCCUCCACGCUGCACGCGGGCACGGCCGUUGAUAUCGGCGGCAUCGCCGGUGCCCACCACCAUCAGGACAGUGGCGGUGGAGCGAAUGACACGCUUACAGCGCUACUGUCCGCUCACCAUGACGAUCCACAGCAUUCCGGCGGGUCGGAACAGCAGCAGCAGCAGGAGGAUGAAGGGCGGGGCGAAGAAUCAGUGGCCGGCGAUCCGAGCAGCGUGUGGCGACCGUAUUGAUCCAGCUGUCGGCGGUGCUUUCCAAGCGGAUGGCCAUCAGUUUAACGGAUCCCUUGUAAUGCUUCACUUCAGCGAACGUUUGCAUGUCGUUUUGGGAAAGAAAUGGGAAGGUUCUGCGUUGUAGGGCGGGGACAGAGUUAGGAAGAAGCGAUUGUAAUGUGGGGCUGAUUCGAUUGGAGAUUUUUAAAACCUGUGCCUUAAAACAUUCUUCAUAUUUAAGCACUUUCAAGCAUCUCACAUUAACUGCUUUGUAUACAGCUUGUAGUUCCCAAUAAGAAUUGUAGAGCAAAGCGGGAAAAGUCCACGGAGACGAACGCGUUCGGUUGUACUAAUGUUGCCUCUUGAGUGUAGUUAGAUCGCGAUUGCUGUGUAUUUCCAGGCUUAUACCUUCGUACGCUCGGUGUAUUUAUAGUGACACAAUUCUGCUGACCCCCCAGCGAGAACUAUUUCCAUCCCAUGGAUGCAUGGGGUGGCGGG